GUUGCGAAUCGCUGGCUGCGGCACUUUAGCAACGAGGAGGCCGCGCCAGUCAUACCGGAGUCAGACCUACUUUGGUUUUUGGCCUCGCAUCCCGCCCUCGACGCGUCGGUGACGCACAGUGUGGACAUUAACGUAGAGGACGUGCCGUCCCUCGCAGUCACUCAGCACACGUUUGCCUGCGCCAAAGCCUCGGCGGCAGGGCCCGACGGCAUCCCAGGCGCAGUAUUGAAGCAGUUUGCGACUUUACUUGGCAGCUAUCUCCACCCACUGUACGUUAAGAGCACG